AUGUCUGACCCGUUCUCAGCAGCAAGCAGCGUGAUCGGCGUGGUCUCGUUCGGCUUGACCGUCUGCGAAGGCUUGAUUUCCUACUUUUCAGCCUACAAGGGUCAAGCCCAGUAUCUCGACAACCUCACCAAAAGGGCAGAAAACCUCAGAGGCUGCCUGGGCUUGUUACAACAUGCCCUACCGUCAUGGAUGGUACACUUCUCCCACACAGCGCCUCAAAUCGAGCAGCACAUGACCGUAUGCGAUGCUAGCAUCGAGAUUUUGAGCAACAAGCUCUCGAGCUUCAAGCAGAAGCAAGGGCCUUCGUUGCGUAGAGACAAACUGCAACAUGUCGCACAGAAGGCAGCUUUCCCAUUCAAAAAGGCCACCAUCGACGAACUAUCUGACAUCCUGGAUGGCCUACAAGACAACUUGAACACCGUCCUCUCCAUCGUUGGUUUGGAGGCAUCUUCAAUGCUGGUGAAGACUCAGACUGUGACAAACACAAAGAUCGAUGCCGUGUUAUCAGCUUCAGGUGUCAUGACUGCUCACAUCCAGAACGCGGGUCACGAUAUCUCCUCUUUGCGGGCUGAAAUGUCCAUCAUGCGAAACGAUCUCCAAGCCAUGAGAUCUAUUCUUGGUCCAGGCGUGCAUACAGCCAUCCAGCGAUCCGACAGCCCGACUCCGACUGCAAGACUCCAGACCUUGCCGCCACCGGAGUUAGAAGGAGGGCAGGUUCAGUCUCAGCACCUUCCAGAACCGAAUUCCCCCACCAGACCUUGCCGUCAAGUCUCGUCCAGACGUCCGACUUCUUCAGCCACAAACAUAUUGGAAGUGUCCCCUUCCUUAAUCUGUCUAUGCCGGAAGGCUAAGACUCGCUGGUCCACAAGGGCAAAGACACUUUUCCUUGAAUAUCUCCAAGUCCAGGAACAUGAAGAAGAUUGCCCGUACUACGCGCUAACAUCAAAGAAGAGAAGAUUGGACAUCUGGUUAACCUAUCGCCCUCUGAUGAUCUCUCGUGGUUUCCGAUGCAUGGCGUCCUUGGUCACUGGCUCAGCUGGAAUCAGUCCCAAUAUUGACUGGAUUCCAAUUGUUUCUACAGGGUCUUCUGCUGCCAUGCCACUCUUUAAUGAAAUGAAGAGAAAACUUACAGGUGAUGAAGAUCUGGGGCCUCUUCUGGAUGGAGUCCAUGCUGAACUGAUGAGCCUGUUCGCACAAAGAAAAGUACAUCCGAGAGAGGUCAAUGAACGUGGACAGAGUCUCCUCGAUCAUGUAAGCAGGCUGGUUUCGGGGCAUAUGUGGUCUCAGGAAGCACAUAAGGUCUAUCCUUCUUUUGCCCGCUUCUUAUACUCGCUUGCCUCUUUGGGUGCCAAGGCAAACCAUGCAGGUUUCUCGGAGGAUCUAUUACAUUGGGAUCAGAAGUUAAGACCACAGCUUGGUGCCCUCACGGAGGAUUUGGCCCAGAGAGAAGCUCUCGAAGGCCAGUCAAGCUUAGGGAAUCAUUUGCGUGAGCUGUCCAGGUAUCGACAAUGGCACCAUGUGUUCGAAACGGGACCGCUGAGUCGGGCGAUUCUGCGACGAGAGCCAGAAGAGAUGAUUCGCAUACUUCAACGCAAAUCCUCUUUUGUUGGCGAUUUCAAUGACUGGGGCCACUCGCUUUUACACCUCAGUUGCGAUUGGCCUCUAGGUCUGGUCAUCCUUCUCAAGUAUGGAGCCUCUUCGUUAGUCGAUCGGACAGAUAGUUAUGGCUUAACACCAAACAAUCUCCUGAAGGAGAGCUACUCAGAAAUCGGAUCUAUGGUACUGAUAGCAGCAGGGACUCGCUUCACCGAAGGUUUCCUUGAAAUUGUCACGUAUCGUGGUAUGUUCCGACGACCUUCGCAAGAACUAAGUGACGUUGCCAUCGAGGGACUUUCUUACAGAAGAAAGCAACUCCAGCGCCUAGCAACAUUGCACUUACCCCAAGGUGAGCACUCAGUGGUCGCCGACACAGUCAAACUUCUAGAUGAAAACGCUGCUGCGGUUUCGUCUGCACUUGAAAAGUCUGGCAUCAGAGCUCCAGAAGCUCUCUUCGUUCCCGGAUCGCAGACGACCUUAUACCAUGGCCGCGAACUUGGGGUCAGGACUGCGCAGAAAUUGUAUGACACCGGUUUCUGCGACUUCGACGGGCGGGACAGCCGGGGGUACACGCCUCUGAUGGGGGAAAAUUGGGGGUACCAUGGAGCCCAUUCGUUCACGUAUGCUCGAUGGCUUUGCGAUCGCGACGCGAACCUGCUUUGUCAAUUUCCUCCAUGCACGAGCAGCAACUGCCACGAGGGAGACGAGCAUCAAAGGCCAAUCGCACUCCAAACAAUCCACUCCGCGGCGUUCAGAAUCGGGGAGGCACUCUUCCGUGGCCGCUGGAAUUCCUUGGACUGGGAAAAAUCUGAGCAGGCGACACUCUUUUUAAAGCUUCUUUUGACUAUUGCGUCCUCGGACGUUUCGGACGGCUGCUCUUGUGCUUGCUCCAGCCAAGGAUGUACUCCGGUUCUGAAUAUUCUGGACAAGUCCAGUCCCAAUGGGGCUCGCAGCUAUUGGUUCUUGCGGUGGUUGGAUUUGCAUCUUCCGUACGCCUUUCCUCGAAUAUUUUUGAAAGUACUCAGACUGUGUACUUUUGACGCUCUAGGCCUGACACACACCUGUUGCCGUCAUGGCUGCCGGCGUGAUGAGGAUUGGUUUUCAGGUCCCUGGUGGAAAUCCUGCCCGUUUUCGACACCCGUGGAUGAGGAGAUCCACGAGAUCCAGGAGGAGGAAAAGCACCUGAUAUCUCUUCUCGAUUCACUCAUGGCGGAAUUCACGGAACAGUGGCUAUGGCCAACCUCGGAGUGGGGGGUGGAUGACUUCAUAUCCAAGGUUUGGCGGCCUAGAUUGAGACAGGUUCAGAGCGAGAGAGCACGGAUGUCGGUGGAAGAGCAGGCACAAAUGCGGGGCCUAGGGAUCAAGAUGCGCUUCGAUGAGGAAGACUCUUGGAAUCAAAAUGAAGGUGAUGAUGGACGUUACGCCGAAGACGACCCUGAUCAAAAUCUCAAGCUUAAUUGGGAAGAGCCGGACGAGGCUGAGGAUGACGCUGAAACGGCAGCCAUGGAAACCGAACGCAAAGAAAGAGAACUCGAAGAGAUAAGAGCCUUCUUCACCGAUGUCGAAGUCGCCGAGAUCCUCAAGGAAGCUGCACGCGUGAACGGCCUCGAAGACUACGAUGUCUGGUUCAGGAUAAUCGGAAAGCCUGAUCCGCGACGAGAGUGA